AUGCCUACCUAUGAAAUUUUUUUGAAGGAUCUUCUAUCCAACAAGAGUAGGCUUGAAGAGAAUGUAACCAUCUCCCUUCCUAAGGAGGUGAGUGCAAUAAUUCAAAAUAAGCUUCCCCAAAAGCUUGGUGACCCUGGUAGCUAUGCAAUACUGGUGAAGAUUGGAGAUUUGGAAGCUAUGGAUGCUUUAUGUGAUCUUGGGGCAAGUGUGAGCUUGAUGCCCUAUUCUAUUGCAAAGAGCUUGAAAUUUGGAGACUUGAAACCAAUAAUAAUGUCCUUACAAUUAGCCGACCGCACGGUUAGGCUACCUUUGGGGAUUCUUGAAGAUGUGCCGGUCCAAGUUGGAAGAGUAUUUUUUCUAUGUGAUUUUGUGGUAAUGGAGAUGGAAGAAGAUACAAGAGUACCCCUCAUUUUGGGGAGACCAUUUUUGAACACCGCGGGAGUGAUGAUUGAUAUGAAGGAAGGAAGAUUGACUUUGAAUGUGGGAGAUGAGAAAAUUUCAUUUUCAUUCUCACAACCUUUGAAAAAGCCAUUGAUUGACGAGGUUCAUAGAAUUGACACAUUGGAGAGGGACUUAGAAGAGUUCCGAGAAAGAUUGUAUAAAAGAGAUCCUUUACAAGCUACCCUAACGGGAGGCUUACUUGAGGAGGGUGAAGAAGCAAAGGGGUAUGAUCUCUUACUCAACCAACCUUUGGUCCACGAUGUGAUGAAAUUUGAAGUGCUUAACGUGGAAGCAAAAGAGGAGAGGACUACGCCUCCUCCUAAGGUUGAACUUAAACCCCUUCCCCCUCUACUUAAAUAUGCUUUUGCUUGA